UUCUCCUGUAUAUUGUCAUUCAUUGAAGGUUGUGAAUUGCCUUUUGCCUCUGUAUUUUCCAUAAUUUUCACCUGUUUUCUUUCCGUUAUACGUGUGUGUUUUCUUAUCUGAUAAAAGAACAAGUUUACAUUUUCCGGCCGUCUACAAACACUCCUUCUAAUGGAUGUAAAUUCAUGCUGUCGCACACCUGAGAUCAAUAUGGGUGAUGUACCACAAAAAUGUCAUAAAUAUGUUAAUCAAUUAAAAACGGCAAAUGAGAAAUAUCCAGCAUAUGCACAUUUGUGUUAUCCGGAUUGCAUUUAUCGUGAAACUGGAGCCUUGGUCAAUGGACAAUUGCAUAUGGAUAAAGUUAAGCAAUUCCUUGAGCAGCAUGUUCAUAGAAAAGAUCGUGAAAUAGUGCCAUAUAUUCUACGAUCUUUUCAAACUUGCCUAAACAAUAUUGAGGGCCAUCAGAGAUCCUUGAAUAUCAAUUCGUAUAAGGUUUUACCUCAGGGAUGUUCACCAUUUGCUGGAAUGCUGUACAGUUGUGUUAAUGCGGAAACAUUUUUAAAUUGUCCAGCACAAAUGUGGAAGACUGAACGUCAAUGUCAAGUGGCCAAAGAAUUUGCCCAUCAAUGUAAUCCAAUGCCUCAUGUACCAUUGCCAAACACUUAA